AUGGAACAAUACUUUAUGCGUACUGUGCCAGAGAGCGAGACUGCCUAUGAGCAUGAUGACGAGGGUCUAGAUGACAUGCCCGCUCACAUCAAGUCCUCAAUGUUGGGCACAUCACUAUCAUUGCCAAUCAGUCAUGGUCAAUUGCAACUGGGCACAUGGCAAGGUAUAUGGCUUGGAGAACAUCGCACACGUGGAGGCUCGCGCAAGAUAGUCGUCACCAUUCAAGGCGAGCCAAUAUGA